AGCAAAUACACGAUUGAACGAUGAAGACAGUUCUGGUUUUAUCAGCGUGGCUCUGCUGUUUAUCUGCUGCUCUGGUCAACAGAGACACUGAAGAGGACUUGAAAAGGAGAUCGCUUCUCUCAGGCGAAGGAGAAAGAAGGGGGAACGAGAUUCAAGCUCAGGUGGAGGGAAGUGAUCAGCCAGUCAGGGAACAGUCACAACAGUCCUGUCAGCCUGACAUCCACUCUGUGCUGAGAGAGAUGAGCGCCAUGAUGGCAGAGCAGAGAGUGGAGAUGAGACACUUACAGCUGUUGGUAAAUGAACUGAAGAGAAAAGAUGAAGUUCAGGAGGCAGAGCUGGUUGCUGUGAAGGCCCGGUCAAACUUCACAGAGAGCAGAAUUACAGUGCAAGCAAUCAAAUUAAGAGCCCUGGAGGACCAGAAGCCCCAUGUGGAUAUGCUGUUGAGAGACAAGGAAGCCAAAAAAGUGGCAUUCUCAGCUUCACUCUUGGCAUCAGGAGCUGGAAACACAGGACCUUUCAACACUCAAACCACCCUGGUCUUCAGACAUGUCAUCACUAACAUCGGGAAGGCUUAUAAUCCCAACACAGGUUUCUUCACAGCACCAUUGAAAGGUGUCUAUCACUUCCAGAUAAAAGUGUAUGGAGAUGGAGGUAUACACCCUGUAAAUGCUGUCUUAGUAAAAAAUGGCCAACCCAUUGUUAUAGCACACGGUCAGCAUUCAAGCGGUAUUGUUAACUCAUAUAAUAGUGCCUCACUGCUGCUGGAGGAGGGAGAUGUAGUCUAUGUACGAAUGUGGGGGAACACAUGGGUAUAUGAUAACGGAAAUCACCACACAACUUUUAGUGGCCAUCUGCUUUUCACCAUCUGAUGAUGAAGGGAUGAUUGAAAGACCUAAAGGGAUACUGGAGACUAA